AUGGUGUUCUCGCGCCGGCCGUCCAGGGACCUCAACGCUGCGAGCCAGACGCCCACGACGGCAGCAGAUGGGCUUGGGUUCCCAACCACGCAGUCGCUCCUCGAUGCGCUUCCCAGCCCCAAGCUCAAGGGCGACGGUUCGGCGUCCGGCAAGAAGUCGGUCACCGGCCAUGGCUGGGCUCCGAGACAUGGAGGCGACGAGGCGCUGCUGGUCGCAAAGGCGCUGAAGGCGCGUCCCGACCUGGCGAGGCGGGCUCGUGGCCUGGCCGAAUGCCCUCGCCUUCUCCUCGUCCUCGUUGGCUUGCCUGCUCGCGGCAAGUCCAUCCUCGCGGACAAGCUGGAGCGUUUCCUCAACUGGCGCGGCUGGAAGACCGGCGCCUUCUCGGCAGGCGCGUGCCAGCGAGAGGGACGGCCGGCCGCAAGGGGAGGGGAGCAGGGGACUAGGGGAGAGAAGGCCCUUCUCGGCACAGGCGCGACGCGACGCAAGCUGGAGGGCGAGGGCAGCGGCGGUGCCGCCUUCUUCGACAGCGCCAACGUGGGCUCGUCUGUGGCGCGUGGCAAGAUCGCAAACGCCGUGCUCAAGGAGGCGCUCUCCUUCUUCGACACGGGCGGCGAGAUCGCGAUCUUCGACUCGUCGAACGCCUCCAAGGACCGGCGCGCGAUGCUCUCCGAGAGUGUUCACGCCCACGGCGAGGCGACGGGCCGCCCGAUCGCGAUCGUGUUUGUCGAGUCGAUCCUCACAUCGCCGACGCUGCUGCUGGCAAACAUGAAGGCCAAGGUGCGCGCCAGCCCCGACUUUUACGCGCUCCACGAGCCGGCGGCGAUGGAGUCGCUCAAGCAGCGGAUCGUCCACUAUGAGCGCGACUACGAGUCCUGCUCGGAGGAGGAGGGGCCGUACAUCAAGCUCUUCGACCUCUCCUCCAAGGCGCAUGCCCCGCACCCCGCACGAGCCUCUCCCCAUCUUCUCUCCGCCCACAACCCCCACCCCCUCUGCUCCCCGACCCCGUCGCCUGGAAAGGUCGAGGCCUCGCACAUCUACGGCCGCGUCUCGUCGUCGGUCCUGCCCUACCUCCUCUCGAUAACCUUCGUUGCGCGCCCCGUCGCACUCGUCUCUGUCCCUGACAACGACGACACCGGCAACUUUGCUGCGGCGCUCGCAGCCUGGGCGGAGGACCACGCCGGCCCGCUCCAGGUGAUCAGCUCGACGCACCCGGCCGCCAUGGCGGCGGCGGCGAGGGUCGCGCAGGCCAAGCAGGCGCAGAGCCCGUCGCACGGCCGGAAGACCGCCUUUGCGUGCGACGAGCACGGCGAGCGGGGCUGGCCAGCAUCCUCCUGCCCAAGGAACGCAGCGUGCCACGACAUGUCCACGACAUGUCCCGUAGGAGGGGGCGAGCAGGGGCUGGCCUCCGUCGGCCCUCCGAUCCACUUCGCCGAGCUGCUGCCGAGUAGCCUCGGCAGCGGCGACUCGCCCCCGACCAGCUUCGAGGAGCGCGCCGCCCUCGGCGCGGGCACGAGCCCCAAGGACCUCGUGCGCCGCCUCGAGCCAAGUGUGCUCGAGUUGGAGAAGCGGCUGGCACCGCUGCUGGUCGUGGCACACGCGGCGCCGUGCCGCGCGCUGCGAGCCUACCUGCUCGGCCUGCUGCAGCCGAGAGAGCCACUUCGGCGGGCCGUGCAGUGGCCAUCCGCCCGUGCGAGAAUAGGCGCGCCGCUGCUGGAGUCGCUACACGCCUCCUCCUCGGCCGGAGCCGCCGCCCUCGCCGACGACGCCACGUCACUCGUCGAGCUCACGCCGUCCGACAAGAUCUAUGGCUUUGCCGAGAGCAUCGUGUCGCUGGCCCGCCGGAGCGGCAUCGUGGGAGCAGGCUCCGCCUGA